AUGCAUGUUGGCUGGGAAGGUAGUGCUCAUGUUUGGCUGGUGAUGCAGGAGGCCCUUAGCAAUCUGGGAUUUCAAUUUCCUUGGCCGCCCAGAGGCUUAUACUAUCUUGUCAAUUCGAGGUAUGCCAUUGGUUCUGCAUUCCUCCCAUCGAACAAGUCAAUCAGAUAUCAAGCACAAGAAUUCAGAGGUUUUGCCAGACAACCUAGAACUCCACUGGAGCUGUUUAACUACAGGCAUUCCUCGCUCUACAUGGUCAUUGAGCGGUGUUUUAGAGUGCUGAAGGUGAGGUUCCCGAUUCUUAAUGACAUGCACUCCUAUUCACAGUCUAGACAACGACUGAUCGUCACCACUUGCUGUGUGUUGCACAACUUUAUCCGCAUGUAUAGCCACUCCGAUGAAAUGUUUCAUGCAUGGGAAGGACAAGACUUGGAACCUGGCGAUGCAAGUACCUCAGGUGGGGCAAGAGUUAAAGGUGGUGGGAACGAGGAAGCCUUUAGUCCUCAGGUACAACAAGCCAUGUCCCAGUUUCGAGAUGAAAUCACAACAGCUAUGUGGGCAAAGUACAUAGGCAACCAUUCUUGA